CUGGGUGUUCCCUCCUAUCCGGGCGGGCUGCAGACACUCCCCCGGGGUAGCGUGGGGAAAGGAGGAGCGGGAGCGGUGACGAGGGCCAAGGGAGGAGGCAAGGAGAACGAAAGAGGGCGGGCGGAUAGACAGACUGGCAGAUAGACUGCCAGCCUGGGGCCUGGGGAGCGUUAUUUGAACCCGAAAGAUACUCCAGCUCGGCUCCCGCUCCCGCCCUCCGCCCUCCACUCUCCACCUCUCCACCCUCCGCGCCCCAAGGCACAGCUGGAGGAUGCUGCACUACAGCUCCGCGGUCACCCUGCUCUCGGGCAAUGGGGCCGCUUCCUCUGGGAGUCCGGGCAAGAGGGCCAACGUUUGCCGAUUACGAUUAACCGUGCCCCCCGACUGCCCAGUUCCGGAGCAAAGUGAAAAGAAAGUGGAAAAAAAAGAGCAAUACCCUGAUCUAGUCAAUGGAGAAUCUGCCAAGAAGCUCCCCCAAGGUGUGGUUUAUGGUGUGGUUCGUAGAUCUGAUCAAAACCACCAGAAAGAAAUGGUGGUAUAUGGCUGGUCCACUAAUCAGCUGAAAGAAGAAAUGAACUACAUCAAGGAUGUGAGAGCAACAUUGGAAAAAGUCAGAAAGCAAAUCUAUGGGAACUAUGAUGAAAUGAGGCAGAAAAUUCAACUCCUUACCAAAGAACUGAGAGUUUCAAAUGCUCAACAGGACUAUCUACAGAAUCACAUCGAAACACAGUCUUCAGCCUUGGAUAGUUUUAAUGACAUGAAUUCCUCUUUGGCUUCAGACUCCAUUGGCUUACAGAAAACAUUGGUGGAUGUCACCUUGGAAAAUAGCACCAUUAAGGAUCAGAUCAGAAAUUUACAGCAGACAUAUGAAGCAUCGAUGGAAAAACUGAGAGAAAAGCAGAGACAAUUAGAAGUGGCUCAGGUUGAAAACCACCUUUUGAAACUAAAGGUAGAAUCUUCCCAAGAAGCCAAUGCUGAUGUCAUGAGAGAGAUGACCAAGAAACUAUACAGUCAAUAUGAAGAAAAACUACAGCAAGAACACCAAAAACAUAAUGCAGAGAAAGAGGCUCUCCUGGAAGAGACCAAUAAUUUUCUGAAAGCCAUUGAGGAGGCCAAUAUCAAGAUGAAAGCAGCAGAGACCAGCCUUGAGGAGCGAGACCAAAGGAUUGGAGAGCUGGACAGACUUAUUGAACGUAUGGAAAAGGAGCGCCAGCAACUUCAGCUACAGUUGCUUCAACAUGAGACGGAGAUGUCGGGAGGAGCUGUCAGCCCAGAUUCUGACAAGGAAAGGUAUCAGCAGCUGGAAGAGGCAGCAGCUAGCCUGAGAGAGCGCAUUAGACACCUGGAUGAUAUGGUCCAUUGCCAGCAGAAGAAAGUCAAGCAGAUGGUUGAGGAGGUUGAAUCAUUAAAGAAAAAAGUGCAACAGAAACAACUAUUUAUCCUGCAGCUUUUAGAAAAAAUCUCCUUCUUGGAGGGCGAGAAUAAUGAACUACAAAGUAGAUUGGACUAUUUAAUGGAAACACAGCCCAAGACGGAAGUGGAAACCAGAGAAAUUGGAGUAGGUUGUGAUCUACCACUGAGUCAAACGAGUAGGACCCGAGAAAUUAUAAGACCUGCAAGGACCUAUGCACCAUACACACGAGUAAUGGAAUUUACUAUGAAGAAAGCUAUAACUGAAGCAGACAAAUAAGUCCAUUCAUUGCAGAGGAAUAAAUGCACUGGGCCUGCAGCAUAGAAUCUGGAUGUUACUUCCUCAAUACACAUUUGCAUCAAUGAGAAUUAGAAUUCCUACAAAGUUAGCUUUCCUUUGGGGAAACCUGGAGAUGGCGGUUGGGAGAGAUAAGGACGGGGGAAGAAGCUUGAAGUGCAAUAUGUCAUAUUUCAAACACUAAACCCAAAUAUCCUUAUGUGCAGUGUUUUCUGUGACUUUCUAUGGACCCACUGAGAUUUUUUUUGGUGGGAUUCACUUACAAUCUGUCAUUUUAUUAGAUUUGGGUUACUAAUAGAGGAAAGGGGCAUUAAUUAAAAAGUGAUUUGUGUUUUUUUUUUCAUGCCAGGAUCACUUGUUACAUAUACUAUGAAGGUUUUGUUACCCAUAAAGUAUUAGAAGUUAAUAUUUUUCUUUGGCACAGAGACAUUUUGUCUAUGAAAAGGACUGUCGGACACACUUUCAAACUCUAAAGUGGAAAUGAAGACUUCUUGGCUGUCAGAUGCUGGUGACUGUUGAGCACAGAUGUCUGUCUGCUGAAGGCUCUGUGUUUCAAAUGAGCUCCAGUGAAGAAUGAUUCUAAUACCUGGGCAGGCAUCUUAAAGUGGUAUCCUGGAGUUCUAAAGCCCAUUGCUAAUCAUUUGUGCCUUGCAUCUUUACUGGGCCGACAGAAAUCACCAUAUUUAUUUCUGCCUAUGAG